GUAAUGAAGUAGGUAUUCAAGAAACUAUAGUAAAAUCAGUAAUCACAAUUCACAAUAAUUCCUUAUUACAUUUCGUACUUGACAUCAAUUGUUAUUUUGUUACAUCGUUGUUGAGUGUUGUCACUUGUCAGUAUUGACACUAUUCGUAUUUCGUUGAUCCGUGUGUGUUUUAACUGUUUUAAGACUUAAUCGUCAUAUGACUUUAAUUUCUACACGUUUUUUCUUGUGAAUACUGUAUAGUGCGAUCGUAAUAAUUUUUAGUUAUCGUGUUGAGUAGUAGAAAUUAGAAUAUCAGUAAAUUUUAUUUUUGACAUUUCGUCGUGUGCAUUUUGGGAAUUCUAACAGUAUCACUUUUGCGUCAAUUUCGCAAUUUUACGGGAGUCGACCUACUACAGCAAAUCAAACAUGUUUCCUAAUGCAUUAACAACCGACAUUUUUGGAAACGAUAAUCCAUAUAGAAAUUCAAUGCGCCAAAUGGACCAAAUGAUGAAUUCAUUUUUUGGUGGAUUUCCUGAUCCGAUGGCUGGCAUGAUGAUGCCAUUUGGAGGUGGGAUGUUUGGAAAUUUUGGUUCUAUGAUGAGUAAUAUGAAUAUGAUGAAUAGUGGUAAUCAUCCAGGUCAAUCAUUUAGCAGCAGCAGUACAUUUAUGUCAUAUUCAUCAAAUGGACCAAACGGGCAACCUCAAGUAUAUAAAGCUUCUACUUCUACACGUACUGGUCCAGGAGGAAUAAAAGAAACAAAAAAAGCUGUUAGUGAUUCAAGGACAGGUGUUAAAAAGUUAGCUAUUGGACAUCAUAUUGGAGAUCGUGCACACAUUGUAGAACGUCAACAAAAUAUGUAUUCAGGAGACCAAGAAGAAAAUCAAGAAUAUAUUAAUUUAGAUGACAAUGAAGGUGAAGAGUUUGACAACGAAUGGCGCAAUAAAGCUCAGAUUUUGAAUUCACAUCGUAGUCGUUACUUGCCCUACACUCCUAGAAUUCAAAAUUCUUCAAUUCCUUUAAAAAGGAAUCUCAAGGCAUUACCCCCUCCUUCAACAUCACGUAACAGUGAUGUGUUGCCUAUAGAAGGUCAGCAAGAUCAAGGUAGAAAACGUGCAGCUAAGCAGCGCACUCCUAAAAAGAUCCAACAAUAUCCUGUAAAUGAUGCCUAAGUUAUGCUUGCAAGUUAAUUUUUUUUAUUCUCUAUUUUGUAUAAUAUAGAAAAAUACACAUUUAAAUUGUAUUCACAAAUUUCAAAUUAUGUUCCAUAAAAUUAUUAUGUUUAAGGAAAGUGUGUGAAAAAGUAUGACGUUAAAAUAGGAUGUAUUUAGUAUUAAUUAAUUUUUAAGAAUUAUGAUUUAAAUAAGGAUUAAGCCAUUCUUAAUGUUUGGUAUUUAUUUUUAAUUUAUAUACUUAGUAUGCGAGUGAUUAAUUGAUCUUCUAGUAUUAAAUU